CUCCUCCCUCUUCCUCUCGCCGGAGCAACCUUAGCUUUUGUGACAACCUGCUCCGGAGCUCCUAGCGGGAACAUCUGGCGGCCCACCCGGUAUCCCAAUUGGCGGGGCAAUGCCGCGUUAGCUAGCCGCCGUUUGCGCACUUCCGGCCGGGGUGGCUUUGUGCUGAGGAGUGGGGGUGGGAUGUAGAGAGAGAGAGACAGGCGGACCAGCGCCGAGCGGCCUUAGCCCGGGGAUUUCUCUCUUAAACACAAGAUGUCGACCAGGACGCCAUUGCCCACGGUCAACGAGCGGGACACGGAGAACCACUCGUCAGUGGAUGGCUUCGCAGAGCCCCCAGUUCCCCCGACCAAGUCUGCGAGUCGCCACAGCCUGCCGCGAUGUCGCAACUCCUUCACCUCUACGGAGGAGCACCCCCACAUCGGGAAUUACCGCCUCCUCAAGACCAUCGGAAAGGGCAAUUUUGCCAAGGUGAAGCUGGCGCGGCACGUCCUGACUGGACGAGAGGUGGCGGUGAAGAUCAUAGAUAAAACCCAACUGAAUCCUACCAGUCUACAGAAGCUCUUCAGGGAAGUGCGAAUAAUGAAGCUACUGAACCAUCCCAACAUUGUCAAAUUAUUUGAGGUGAUUGAAACGGAGAAGACACUCUACUUAGUGAUGGAGUAUGCCAGUGGUGGUGAGGUCUUUGACUACCUGGUGGCCCACGGUAGGAUGAAGGAGAAGGAGGCCAGGGCCAAGUUCAGGCAGAUUGUGUCUGCUGUGCAGUAUUGCCACCAGAGGAGAAUAGUUCACAGGGAUCUAAAGGCUGAGAACCUGCUAUUGGACGCUGACAUGAACAUCAAGAUAGCCGACUUUGGCUUCAGCAAUGAGUUCACCGUCGGAAGCAAGUUGGACACCUUCUGUGGUUCUCCGCCCUACGCCGCCCCCGAACUUUUCCAGGGAAAGAAGUACGAUGGACCCGAGGUGGACGUGUGGAGCCUCGGGGUCAUCCUCUACACGCUGGUCAGCGGAUCCCUGCCCUUCGACGGACAGAACCUAAAGGAGCUGAGAGAAAGGGUCCUGCGGGGGAAGUACCGCAUCCCCUUCUACAUGUCCACAGACUGUGAAAAUCUGCUGAAGAAACUACUGGUGCUCAACCCGGUCAAACGUGGCAGUUUGGAGCAAAUCAUGAAAGACCACUGGAUGAAUGUGGGUCACGAGGAAGAGGAGUUGAAGCCGUACAUCGAGCCAGAGGCCGACUUCAGUGACUCAACCAGAAUAGAGCUCAUGGUGACUAUGGGCUUCCCUAAAGAUGAGAUCACGGACUCCUUACAAAACCAGAAGUAUGAUGACGUCAUGGCCACCUACCUGCUGUUGGGAAGAAAAGCUCCAGAGUUUGAGGGGAGCGAGCCCCUGACCAACAGCGUCCUGGCUCAGCGGCAGCGGCCGACCAGCGACAUCAACAACGGCUCCAGUAUUUCUCCCGCCCACCCCAAAGUCACGCGCAGCAUCUCGGCCAAUCAGAAGCAGCGCCGCUACAGUGAUCAUGGUGGGGAUGAUGAUGGUGGUGGUGGUGGUGUCGUAGAGAAGCUAAUGGGCCCGUCCGUGCCGCCGGCGGUGUCGUACACGCGGCGAGGCCAGGCGCUGAGCGUGGAAAGUGACCACCGGGAGGAGUGGGACGGAGCUCGUCGGCUGGAGCUCAGCACUUCCAAGGGAGAUGUUCCCGCCUCGCCGCUGGGAGUACAGGAGAGGAAGAAGACAACAAGUAGUGUGGGGACCAACGGCUCAAUGACUCGCAGGAACACGUACGUGUGUGAGCGCUCCUCCACUGACCGCUACACCGCUAUUCCCAACGGCAAAGACAGCAGUUUAACCGAAGUGUCGGGCAGCACCCCGUCGACCGCAGUGACCUCCACGAGACCUCGUCACAUCAAGUCCAUGUCAUCUUCAGGACACCCUUCAAAGAGCACACUGCCCCCUAUUGAUGACAACACAGAGUUGAAAUCCAGCUCCUCUCCUCGCGGUCCCUCCACCUCGCCCUCCGCACACAGUAUUAGCACCCCGGAGAAAAACCGCUUCCCGCGCGGCACCACCAGCCGCAGCACCUUCCACGGGGCGCAGCUGCGAGACCGCCGCAGCGCCACCUACAACGGGCCCCCGGCCUCGCCGACGCUAUCCCACGACACGGGCGCCCUCGCUCAGCAGCGGCGAGGCACCUCCACCGGGAUCAUCAGCAAGAUCACCUCCAAGUUUGUCCGCAGAGCACUCUCUUUCAGGUCCACGCGGAGGGUGCCCAGUGAGGGAGAGGCCAGUGCCAGGACAGAAGCACCAAGGAGCGCGUCGGGCGAGCCCAAGGAGGACGGCGGCCGCGACUCCAAGCCCCGCUCGCUGCGCUUCACCUGGAGCAUGAAGACCACCUCCUCCAUGGAGCCCUCGGAGAUGAUGCGGGAGAUCCGCAAGGUCCUGGACGCCAACAGCUGCGACUACGAGCAGCGCGAGCGCUUCCUGCUCUUCUGCGUGCACGGCGACGCCCGGCAGGACAACCUGGUGCAGUGGGAGAUGGAGGUGUGCAAGCUGCCCCGCCUCUCGCUCAACGGCGUGCGCUUCAAGAGGAUAUCGGGCACGUCCAUCGCCUUUAAGAACAUCGCCUGCAAAAUCGCCAACGAGCUCAAACUGUGACGGCGUCCUCACCACUGGAUUCUCUCGGCACUGAAGGCCCUUCGCCGCGCAUUAUCAGGGCGGCCUCGGCUGGUAGCGUGCAAUACUGGCCACGAAUGUACUCGCCGCAAAGGACCGCAUCCUUCCACCCCGUCUUUCAGUUCUUUCUUCCUCACGUCAUCCCGACUGCUCCGUCCACGCCCUGGUUCUUCAUCCACACGCAGUACGCAGCUGGAGAUCCUGCAAUAACUUGUUUUUUCUUUUGUUUUUGAAUUCCAAACAAGGUCCUCGCUGAACUGCAAGCUAAACUAGCCGCUUUCCCACCUGUUGUGUAAUAGAUCAGGCUGGCGCUCAUACUAAAAAGAACAAUUGUACUGUAUGCAUAACAUCUGCAGGUACUGUAUAUUCCUUUUUGUUCCCCCCCAGUUGUGUACAGAAUUUAUUUCUUUCCGAAUAUACAGCAAGACAAAAAAGUAUUAAGUCGGCCAGCGAUUGUGCAAGUUCUCCCACUUCAA